AUGAUGAUCCUAGAACUACUCAACAAAAAAACAGCGAGAAGUCAGACGAAAGUGGAAAAACCGAGCAAAGGUUCUUGUUGCGAAAAACCCCGCAACCGAAGUCGGUCGGAGAAAGAAAAGGAAAAAAGAAAAUUCGGAAAGAAAAAGAGGGCGUGGCCUAAAAAAGGAGAGGGUAGACCACACACAGCGCUCUAUGUACCAAAACUGGAAUUUGAAACUGUUGAUUAUGGGUUUUUCCAAAUCUCAGGAACAUGGAAAAAGGAAGAGGUAUGA